ACUAAAACCGCAAUUAUUGUCAAGCAAAAGUCGAUUUGUUGUUAAAAAUUAAGAUUUAUUUUUGUAUUCUCUUAUUUGUGUGAAUUAUAACUAGUUAAAUUCGAUUUAGCGCCAUAGGUGCAGGUAUUUUUUGCCAUUAUUUUUACUACCGGUCCGAUUGGUGAAAAUCUCUGAAUUUUAAUCAUAAUAACUCGGUCGAAUUCUGUGAUAAACACCUAACAUAGUGCGUUUGUUACAAUUUGUGUUACAAUUGAGUUUUGUCUUGCCUGUUAAUAAUUUAUUAUAAGUUUUUAGUAACGGCCUUGGACAGCGGUUUACGGAUCUACGUUGUGUUAGUUAAUCUUACAAUUAGUAAACAAUCAAACACAGAAAAGGUUCACUUGUAAUCUAUACUGUAAUAGGUACAAGCAAAACUAUUAUGGAAGUUAUUAUGCAAGAACGCUUAAAAAAAAUUUACCAAUUUUAUGAGGACAAAGAAUUUUGUGAUGUUACCAUAGUUACUGAUGAAGGCUUAAUAAUAGAAGCACACAGAAAUAUAUUGGCUUCUGCAAGUCAUGUAUUUUAUAAGAUGUUCAGUGGACAGUUUAGAGAAAGAAACGAAAAUGAGAUUCUUAUAAAAGAAAUAGAUUCUGAAAUUUUAGAAUUGGUGGUCAAAUUUGCAUAUACUCGUAAGCUGGAUAUUAAAGAAACCAAUUGCGUGAAACUGUUGAUGGCUGCUGACAUGUAUGGUCUAGAAUAUAUAAAAGAGUUUUGUUUUAUAUACAUUAAAGAAAACAUGAGUCCUACAAAUUGUAUUAGUUUCAUGAAACAUUCCAAACUAAUAUCAGACGAAAAAAUUUACAAUUUUUGUUUGUCAUACUUUUUAAACCAUUUCACUACAAUUGUAAAUUCGCAUCAAGCAUUAGAAACGCUUUAUGACUUUGAUUUUGAUGAUGUUGUCGAGUUUAUUGCACGUGAUGAUUUAGUAAUUGAUAAUGAGGAAAAGAUAUUUGAUUUUAUCACUGGUUGGAUACGCUAUAACCCAGUUGAACGUAAUGACUUGUUACCGGUUCUUAUGAAAUAUUUACGUUUGCCUUUGAUUUGCAAAGAAGGAUUACAACGGAUUUAUAAUUAAUUUUAUUAAGUAUACAAUAGAUUUUUUUACUAAUAAAUAUUAUAAAAUGCAGGUAUUGUUAUCGCAAAAAACGACACACUCGUGUUUGUGAAUAAUAGAGGUCAACUUCAUUGUGAAAGAUAUGACAGAGAAAAAAAUCAAUGGCAAUUGGUUGAAAGAGCAGGAAAGUACUUAUCAGACCUAACAAGUCAUUUGGUUACUUUUAAUGAUAUUACUCUUAAAUCCUAUGGUAUUCAAUUAUAAUACUACUUUUUUUCAAUAAUACCUUUUAGUGAAUUCAAUUUAGUCUUGAAAUUAUUUACACAUUUUGUCGUUGACGAUUUAUUCGUUUUAGUUAAUAACUUCAUUGUAAACUAUAUUACACUAAGUUUUAAUUAUAAAUUAACUAGAAGGUACAAAAUAAAGUUAUGAAAAAUCUUAUUAUAGUAAUUACGAUUUGUGUAAAUAUGGCCUAUAAUUAAAUUGUAUCCGUCGACAAAAAUC